UAAAUUCAAAGUUGGAAUAGUCAGCAGAUGUUCAACGGUAUCACAAUGGACAUAAGUAAACUCUAUUUACUUAGUAUAACUAAGUUUUUGUUACUGUCUGUCUGGAUUACGUCGGUAAAAACACAGGACAAAGAAGUACUCAAAAUCGGGCAACUUAUAGCAAAUUAUAGAAACGUGUUAGAUUUUAUUUCGGAGAAGCGAACGAUAAUAGUCGACCGGGAACAGCUUGAUGUACGGCAACGAGAAUUAGCGAGGGCUACUGCGGGACAACAUAAACACCUAGAGGGAGAAGGUACACUUCGCCUGGUUGAUGGUCCUUCCGACUUAGAGGGGCGUCUGGAAGUGUUCCACGGUGGUGAAUGGGGGACAGUCUGUGAUGACGGCUUCAACAUAGAUGAUGCACGUGUUGCAUGUAGACAACUGGGAAACAGUGGUGGGACUUACAUCAGAUACUAUACCCCAGGCAAAGGAAUGAUAUGGAUGUCUAAUCUGAGGUGUGAUGGUGGGGAGACCAGACUUGCUGACUGUAGAUUCAGUGGCUGGGGGGAGCAUUCCUGUAGACACUGGCAGGAUGUAGCACUAUCGUGUGAAUUACCGUCCGAGGCAGAAGAUGCCGGAGCCCCAUGCGACACAAUGGCAGCCCAGGAAUGUUUUGAUCUACUAAACAUGGCCAAUCGCCGAAGUCCAGCCCGUCGCUCACGUCGCUGCAGUACAACCUACCGAUGGUUUCUCGCGUGUGCAGAGGGGUUGCAACAAACAUGCUUUUCUGGACCACUUGGAACACAAAUUGCAGAACAACGUGAAGCCAUUACUAACAUCUGUGGUAAUAUAGAACUUAACUGACGUGUAGGAUAAUCAAUGAAGAACCUAAGAAGAAACAAUUGAUAUGAAUGUUGUAAACCAAAAGGUUAUCAAAGCUAGUAAAAAAUACAUAUUGUCAACUUUGUAUGUUUCUGUAUUUAUUAAUCGUUAACCUGUUUAUACUUAAGCCAACUUAUAUGUAAUUAAAGGCUUCAGAACAUAAAAAUCAAAUAACAUUAAAUACACAUUUUAAUCAUUUUUUAUCACUUCAAAAUAUGGUCAUACAAUGUAUUUGAAGUGGUUGUAACAUCCAAUUUUUAAAUAAAACUACUUUUAUGUUCAGACAUAUCCAUUUAAUUCCCUUUUUAUGUAUUGUGUCCAUUUUUUUUUACAAUUCAAUAUUGGCCUUACAUCCUGUUUGAUUGACAUAACAUCAUUCCCCUGAAAUAUGCGUAUACAGUUUUACUUAAAAUUCGAGCUCUGUCAACAUAAAACCUUAUCAUGGUUUGAUAUAUUUCUUUAUAUAUCACGAAUAAUUUUCGUUGAAUGUUUAGUUUUGUUUCGACUAAUUGUAAUAUCUAAUUUCUCAUUUCCUGUCUCUGGAGAAAGAAAACAUGUUUUUAUCGUAUCUGGCUCCUGUAACAUGAUGGUAGUAAUUGGGAUGCAUACAUUGUUUAAGGGUUACAAUGACUUGGAGUUGUUCGUGGUAAUUUUGUGUAUUCAAAGUCAGAUUAUCUCUCUGGUGUAGAAUGAUGGUUUGAAUAUAAAGAUCAAUACACGUGGAAUCAACUUAGUAAUAACAACAUCCUUGAUAUUAGAUGAAAGAUUUAAAUAAAGGCAAAAUGUUAUACUGAAGAUAAAUAUAUUAAUAAAGGUAUUAAAAAGGUAAAUCACCACCUGUUAAUUACUAGUUAUACCCUUUAUUACGGUUAUUACGUUCGUCCUAUAUCAUACUGUUCAUUUCUGUUGCGCUAUACAAUUAUACAAUAAGCAUCAAGUACAAGAUUAAGUUGCAAAUUAAAGUUAAUUGUUUUUUAAUAAAUACUUGGGCCAUGCACCUAUAUUUGUAACAUUAUUUGUACCAUACUUUAUGUUGACAGUGGUAUUGGUUUACAGUGUUGAUACUUACUCUCCCUCCAUAUCUAAUGUUGUGUGACUGACGAGGCUAAAAGAUAUGAAACCUUAUUUUUUGUGAAAAUAUCUUUUAAUUGAAAAGUUCUUUGAAUAGCUUACUGCCUCAAAAGAGUGUAGCAAUAAAUGAUGAGAAACUUUUAUAUGAUGUUUUCUGUAUUUCUACCAGACACGUACUAAAUUAUUCAUAUCCUUUUUAUGCAUGUAUCACUACCAGUGCACAAAAGUGAUGAAUAUUAUCAAACUUGGCGCGAUGAUGCUAUAUGAAAGGUAUAAAGGUGCGUGUUCAUUGUUUGUUGUUUAAAUGAGAGAGGAAGUUGAAUCAAGUUUAUUUGAACAUAGAAGUUGAAGGUAACAUGCUAGAUUUUUAUCAAACGUAAUAAUCCUAAUGUGAUACCGGUGAUUCAUUAUUAAUUAAUUCCAAUAUCUUAAGGAUCUCGCAGUCAUAUCGAAGGAUGAAGAAGAUAUUUUGAGAGACAGUAAUAUUGAGCUAAACGUAAAGUUGAUGUCAUAGCUGUUAAUAAGGAUUUGUCUAGAGCUUUUGAUAUGAUUAUUUAUGAAUAUCUUACUGACGAAUAAAAGGACACAUUACCAGUUGAUUUGUUAAAGCUAGUACUAUGUUACAGGUAAGAUGUUUUCCUAAGUCAGUGUAUCUUACUUAAAAAGGGGAAUAAGAGUAAUGUCAAUAACUACAAGAGAAUUACAUUAUGAUAGACUGUUACAGAUGCUCAAUUAGGUUUUAAAUCCGGGCUUGGAACAAGAGGCGUCUUUUUAGCUAUUAAUGAUAAUGCAUUCAUUCAAACAAAACGAAAUAAUGUAUUGUGUAAAUAGUGCAAGUCAUCAGUAUUUAUUAUACUUACUUUGGAAAAAGUAUAUUGGAGGUAGACUGUUAAAUGUAUUCAAUUCAUAAUGAUGUUCGUGUGUAGUGGUAAAUUAUCCGCCAUAAUUGAUAUACACGUUGGUUUAUUAAAAGGGGAGUUGUAACCACCAUUUUGAAAUAAUAAAUAACGAAGCUUAAAUUCA